AUGCGAGCAGCGCAGGCGGUGCUCGCGCUCGCCGCGGCCGGCGUGCUGCGGGUGUGUGCGUGGUCCUGGCUCCCACAGCGGCGCUUCAAGGAGGAAGGCUUCCUCCCCGUCGGCUCCCUCGGCCUCGAUGGCGUGCACGGCCACCUCGCCGCGUGGGGCUACUGGAACGACGACCGCUUCCUCGAUGCGUACGUCGUCGACGCGGCGCGCCAGCAGGUCAGCGUGCACGCGUGGAUGCACGCGCACUUUGCGUUCAACACGACGCCCGCGGCCGUGUACACCGUGCCGCCCGACCUGCGCAUCGCGAACGUCGUGCCCGCCGACUUUACGUACAAUGGGCGCACCGACCUGCUGGUCAUGGCGACGCCCACGACGCGCGGCGCCGCGCCCCUGACGCUCCUCCUGUGGCCGACGAACCUGGACGGCACGCCCGGCGAGCCGACGACGCUCCCCGCGUCCGAGGCGCCGCACCCCCUCGUCCUCGACGCCACGGGGCAGCAGCGGGGCGACCUGCUGGGCCACGCCACCGCGCAGGGCGGCGCCCUGCGCGUGUGGAAGAAUGCGGCGCCGAUGUCGUUCGAGCUCGGCGCGCCGGUCCUCCGCGGCGACGCGCCGGCGUGCCGCCUCGCCGAGCCACACAGCUCCGCGCACGUGGACCUGAACGGCGACUGCCUCGCCGACCUCUUUCUCGUGUGCGCGGGCGCCCAGCCCGGGCGCCUCGCGUACCAGGUGUGGGUCGCCGUGCCGAACGAGCCGCUCACGUACGAGCUCGCGCAGACGGGCGACCUGCCGCCCGGCACGGGCCCACUCUCGUUCGCGGACAUGAACCGCGACGGCACGAUCGAUGUCGUGUUUGCCGCGUGCGAGCGCGAGGGCUGCUUCCUACACAUCGCCUACAACGAGCAGAUGCCCCUCUGCUCCCGCGAGCGCCGCGGCAUGCUCACCUGGCCGAACCAGACCGCGCACGCGCUCGGCCCGUGCCGCGACGCACUGCAGCUGUGCGAGGCGGACCCUGCGUUCCGCCUGCACCUCGAUGCGGACGCGCCAGGCGCGCUGCAUGCGCGCUGGCCCGUCGCCGAGUCGACGGGCGACGCACAGCUCCUGCAGCGCGACGACGUCGGCACGCGCGCCGCGCCCGUGCCGAUCCGCAUCGGCGACUGGAACCUCGACGGAUACCCCGACCUGGCCGUGCUCACGGUGCCUGCGCGCGCGCGCCCGGGGCAGACGCGCGUGUCGCUCCUCGAGAACGUGCCGUGCCCGCGGCGCGGCGGCAGCGCGAGCUGCGCGGCCAGCGGCGCCGACGCGCGCCAGUUCGUGCGGGUGAACGGCACCGCACUCGACACACUCGAGUACGUGCGCAGCGUCUCGUUCGUCGACCUCGACGAGGACGGCACGCUCGACCUCGUGCUCCAGUCGCUCGAGCCCGCGAGCCUGCGCACGUCCGACGCGCGCACCGUCUCGUUCGUGCAGAACAACGUGUUCCACGACAGCUUCUUCCUCAAGACGCUCACGCUCAACGGCGCAUGCGGCGCGCGCUGCGAGCCGCCCGGCACGCCGCCCUUCGCGCCGUGGGGCGGCGCCCUCGGCGGCGCCUCCUACAAGUUCGCCGUGCUCGACAUGAACGGCGUGCGCCGCGCCCAGCAGGUCGGCCAGCAGCCCCAGACCGCGUACGAGGCGCUGCACCCGCCGACCGCAUUCUUCGGCCUCGGGCGCACAAACAACUACGUCGAGUCGCUCUUCGUCGGCAGCACACGCCGCCAGACGCCCGCACACCUCGUCCUCGAGGGCGUCAUCCCCAACAGCGAGGUCGUCGUCGUCCCGACCGGCCCGCCCGAGCUCUGGCGCCGCGAGCUCUUCCUUCACCCCGCCGACUGGAUCCCCCUCGUGACACUCACGCUGAGCGCCCUCCUCGCCCUCCUGGGCGCCGUCGUCGGCAUCCUCGACCUGCACGAGAAACGCGAGGACGAGCGCGAGCGCCAGCGCGCCGUGCACGCCAUCAACUUCGAUGCCCUGUAG